ACAUUCCCUUUCACUCUCUCAGCCCGUCUCACUGUCAGGCUGGCAGGAACAGCCAUGCCGUUCACCUUUGCGGCCUUCUGCUACAUGCUCACCUUGGUGCUGUGCGCUUCUCUCAUCUUCUUUGUCAUAUGGCAGAUCAUCGCAUUUGAUGAGCUUCGCACAGACUUCAAAAACCCCAUUGAUCAGAGCAACCCCACCAGAGCGAGGGAAAGGAUUCUCAACAUUGAAAGAAUCUGCAACCUGCUUCGCAAACUGGUGGUACCAGAGUACUCCAUCCAUGGGCUCUUCUGCCUAAUGUUCAUGUGUGCUGGAGAGUGGGUCACACUUGGCCUAAAUAUCCCGCUGCUCUGCUACCAUCUGUGGAGGUUUCUUCACCGGCCAGCUGAUGGGUCAGAGGUCAUGUAUGAUCCUGUCAGCGUGAUGAAUGCUGACAUUCUCAACUAUUGCCAGAAGGAGUCAUGGUGUAAGAUGGGCUUUUAUCUGCUCUCUUUCUUCUAUUAUCUCUACAGUAUGGUCUACGCCUUGGUGAGCUUCUAACACAGGGGAGAUUUGGAAGGGGAAAAAAAGGGAAAUAUCUGUAAGAAAGACUCAAGAAUGAAUAGAGACAUCACCUCUUCCUCUCUCCAUGUAUCCUUCCCAUCACUGACUUGGGCUUUCAAUAGUCUAACCUUGGACAAAACAAGAAGACCAAUCUGAGUGAUAAUGUGAAUGUAAACUUGUUGCCUCAGCUCGAUUAUAUUGCUCUAUCCCUGAUACUGCUGUCGGGCACUUGCUUCAAAUGUUAUCACCCUAUUAAAUGGCUGUUUAGUUUGUCAUUGAGACCACAGAUAUGGGUUAGAACCAUGCUCCACUUUCUAGUCAGCUCAGGAACCUGUUAUCAUGUGCCAGAGCUGUCACCAUGGUUAUAAUGAAGAAUUCUGAGCAACAACAUUUGUUAUUGGUGUGAGAUGGGAAAAACAACUGUUUCCUGUGUAAAAGUCCUGCAUACUGUCGCCCACCCAUCCACCCUCCCUAUGUGGGCUUUACUGUACUUUUUUCCAUCUCACCAAUGGUGACUUUUGCUCCAGUCAUAAUUAUUAGAGGUUGGUUAAUUAUAACAUGCAUCAAUACCCUUCUAGUCAACAGGUAGGUGCAGUGUGCCACUUCACAAGCAUAUUUAUAGGUGUGAUGCCAACUGAACAGCCAUUUAAUGGGAUGAUAACAUUCAAAAUAGUUGUGUCGACGGCUGCACAAUGUUUUGAAGGAUUGACAUGAAGCAGAAAGAAGACACAGCAGGUGUUUGUGUUGCCUUUGACCCAAUGUAUCAUUCAACAAUAUACAUCUGAAGGGCUGGAGUUUUCCCAUGCUGCUCUUACUGAUCCAGUUGCUCAAUUCACUGUGAAUGUCCAAAUACCCGAAAACAAAAUUCUAUGUAUGUAUUCUUUGACUGAUGUACUAAGAGCAGGAUGUUUUGGAAUCAUUCCAUGUAUGUAUUUAAGAUGACACCUCUGAUGUCAAUCCACUGCUUCAAAUUUUGAUAAAAUCAAUGAGGAAUUAAGCAAAAGUUUGACUUAAAGGGUCAACACUUAAAAUAAAAUUGUUAUGUCCAUAGCUGUAAGGAUGUAUUUUAUGCUACAUGCUAGGUUUAUGCUUUCCAAAGAGCUUCGUGCUCUGAUGUGUAAUUCCAAAAGUUCAUGUUGUAUAUGAAAAACAUUGUGCCAAAUUAAAAAGCCAAUUAGGGCAAAUGAAAAGAAAUGUGAUAAGACUAGAAUGUGCCUGCAGUAUCAGCAUUUACAGGAUAAGGAACUGUCAGGCCAUAUCUUUAUUUUCACUUUGUUCAGCACACAUAUGAGUUUGGCACAAUAUUUUUGGGUGAAAAAAAAAACAAACCCUACUUAGCUCUGCUAUAUGUUUUUAGUGUGCCGGAAGCACCCUAUUAUUGUUUCCAGUGAGGAUUACUCUUACUCAUCUGCAUCUAUACUAUAGUCACUUUAGCACAGCCGUGUUUUUCGAAACCACGUUAGAAUAUAGAAAUCUCAUGUACACAAAGCUGUUAAAAACAACAAACUAGUGAUGUAAUAUGAUUCAUGAGAUACGGUAUCAGUGAGUGUCAUUCAGUGUAUGUGAUAACAGUGAGUGAGAAACAAAUGGCAUAUGAGACAACAAUGACUCUGUGACAAUGUUUCAGUUAUUUAAGAAGUGUAAAGCCAGAGAAGUCAUCUCCAUACAUCUCCAAGCAUAUACUGUAUCACUGUUUUAAUAAGGGACAGAUGUAAGAUGUUAAUGUUGCUGAUGACUAAGACUUGUAAACAGUUAAGCCUUUUGUUCCUAUGUUAACAAAUCCAGUGAAAGACCAACACCAACCUGCUACUUUAUCUGUAAACCUUUUAAAACAUUUAUGGCAGUCAGCCCUAAUUCUAGGUGUAAUUCUUUAGGAAUGGGUCUAUUAAGUGUAUAGUUUCAUGUUUACAAAGGCUCAGUAGUUGCCUAAAACACCUGGGCACAGCAGAGUCUAGCCAAUGUUUCUCAAAGAAGAGAAGAUAGUGCUCUUCUUGGGGACUAUUUUCAGCAGUGGAUUAAGACACAUUUGCCACAGCAGUGAAUAUAUACAGCAGCAACACAGUAUGUAGGACUGAUUCAGAACAAACUACAGUGCCCUUGUUGAUCACCAUGAAGGAACGUGUCACCAGGUGCAACAGUGUGGCUCACUGAUGUGCUAAAUGAUGUAAUAAAUGAUGGGCAGCAGCGCUAUGGAACAGAGGAAUAAGGAGACAGUCCCCCUAAAAAAGAAUGAAAGCAAUGGUGAUUUCUGCACAUGCCCUAAAAUAACAUAUGUAUACAUUCAGUUCAUGAAGCCUACUAGCAGCCAUAGCCAUUCUGUUAGGAGCAAAGGAGGUAAUCAGUGUUAUAUAGUCCACAUAGAAACAAAUUCAGGGUGGAUGGAAUAGUCAACAAAACAACGGGCUUUAAUAUGAGAGUCUGCUGUUUGUUUCCCAUUUCCUGUUUUGUUGUUUGUUUUUUUAUAAAGCAUGCCCAAAAUCAUUCCCUAAACAGGUUUUUAUUAUUUUAAGUAUGAUGACCUUAAAAAGUCCUUAUAUUAACCCAUACCAUAAACUAACCAAGCCUUAGUUAUAAUGUUAUUGUAUGAUCAACAGUUAUUGGUGAUGAUUUUUAAAAGGAAAAGAGAAAUGUUCUGUCUUGUGACAGAGGCAUCCAAUCAGAAAACACUUUUGUUAUUCUAGAGGCUAUGGGCUACAACAUAAUAUUGUUUAAUUUGGAUGAAAUGUUGUAAAUAAUCAGCAUAUGGGUUUGACUAAAUAUGAAAUACUAUAGUUAAUAUAGUAUAAUUUAAUGGGGCUAUUGACAAAUAGAAAAAUAUAGAGAUUCAUCAUAGUUAUCCUUCAAAUCAGAUUUAAAUUCCCUAUAAAAAUGAUAUUCCUCAAGGACUGAACAAUCCUACUGUAAUCUUUACAGGCUGAUUCAUAGAGAGCAUAAAACACAGUAUGCUUUGUACUUUGAGAAUCUUAAUUUUGUCUUAUUAAAUAAAAAUAUUAUGUAGUAGCUUCACUGUAGAUCUUCAAGUUAAAAAAAAAACCAUUUUGUUCCCUAAUGCUGCUGUUACAGUAGUUGUUCUGUAUCAGUGUAGAAGCAUAUCUGUUGGUGACAAAACCUUCUUGGUCCCUGAGAAAUUAAAUACUCUGUUAGAAUUUCACCAAAUUCACACGCACACACACACACACACACACUCACACACACUUCUUGUGUCGAUCAGUCCUUUUACUGUAUUUAACUAAUGAGGGGUUCAGACGGAGCAGCUCAAACUGGCUGUGAGUGAUUUGAACUUCUGAUUUGAAUUUUUAUACAUUUACUUGACUGAAGUAAGUUUAACUUUCUCUUUCAUACAGUAGACAGUACAUGUUGUGUCAAAUGAUGUUGCGAUCAAAGUAUCACAGGACGAGAGCUCAAAACUCUGUCCAUGUGUGUGAUGAGUCUGGACAAUCACUAUUAAAGCACAGCAACACGGGGAAAGGAGGAGAAAUACAGUUUAGCUGAAGGUCAUUAUGUAGUUGCUCUGGACAAGGCAUUUUAGAAAACUGUAUUUAAGUAUAUUUAUUUGUAACUGUCUUUUAUACAUUUAUCAUCAAUGUAUGCUACAGUAAAUUUGGUGGAUUACUUUAUAUUUAUUAGGUUACAUGAUGUACAGUUAAUAAAUAGCAAUUCACAUCCGUAUUCUAAUAAAACAGUAAUGCCAAAAUUAUCAUCUCCAAGUUUCUUAUUUUCUGUGUGCUCAGGUUUUUGGCCACCU